AUAUUUGACCCAUUCCUAUUACUGUAGUUUGAAGGUGCUUCAAUGGCUGAGAAAAGCAAGAUUCUGAUCAUUGGAGGAACUGGGUACAUCGGAAAAUUCAUUGUUGAAGCCAGUGCAAAGGCCGGCCAUCCCACCUUUGCCUUGGUCAGGGAGAGCACUGUCUCUGAUCCUCUUAAGGGAAAAGUUGUGGAGAAUUUUAAGAACUUGGGUGUCACAUUGCUAUAUGGAGAUUUGUACAACCAUGAGAGUUUGGUUCUGGCAAUAAAACAAGUGGAUGUUGUGAUAUCCACAGUGGGGUUCAUGCAGAUUGCAGAUCAGGUUAAGAUCAUUGCUGCAAUUAAGGAAGCUGGAAACAUUAAGAGGUUCUUCCCUUCAGAGUUUGGGAAUGAUGUGGAUCGAGUUCAAGCUGUUGAGCCAGCAAAAUCAGCAUUUGCUAUGAAAGCUCAAAUCCGCCGAGCAGUUGAGGCUGAAGGACUCCCUUACACGUAUGUUACCGCCAACUACUUUGCUGCGUAUUUUCUCCCUAAUUUGCUACAACCUGGAGCCACUACACCCCCCAGAGACAAGGUUGUUAUCCUGGGAGAUGGAAAUGUGAAAGGUGUUUUCAAUAAGGAAGAGGACAUCGCAACCUACACCAUCAGAGCAGUCGAUGACCCAAGAACACUGAACAAGAUCCUGUAUAUUAAACCUCCUAAGAACACUGUUUCCUUCCACGAGCUUGUUGCCAUUUGGGAGAAGUUGAUUGGGAAAACCCUGGAGAAAAGUUACAUCCCAGAGGAGAAAAUUCUCAAAGACAUUCAAGAAGCUCCAAUUCCACUUAAUGUUGUAUUAGCAAUCAACCAUUCAGUCAUGGUGAAGGGCGAUCACACCUACUUUGAGAUCGAACCAUCAUUUGGAGUGGAGGCUUCUGAGCUAUACCCAGAUGUCAAAUACACCACUGUGGAAGAAUACCUGAGACAAUAUGUUUAAAAGAAACCGGUCCACCAAGCUCUCCUCGGUUUCUUAAAUAUAAAAAACUGAAAUGAGGUUUAUGCACUGGAAUAGGAUUGGUGUGUGGUUCAUCAGUAUCUUGUUAUCUUCGAGCAGAGUUUUGUGGACUCUUGCAGCUGAGCUGCUCUGCUCUUCUAUAUGAGUCAUGUUAAAUUAAAGCAACUGAUUAUAUGGGCUUGUUUUUGUAUUUACUAAAUCUCAUAUUGCAAA